AUGGCAGAAGUAUCGAAGCUUAGUGCUAUGGGCCUAGGAAUUUGUGCGUAUAUAUACUCAUCAGACAACAGUACGGUCCAUCAGAAGACAAAGGCAAAUGUCAAAUAUCGAAAGAAAAAGCAGACCAAGAAGAUGAUUGCAAAGGUUGAGAGCACAUUAGGCGACUACAAGCAGUCCCGAGAAAGUUGGAACGGGUAUCCAAUUGGGUAUACUGAACAUUCAAUCGCAGCUGGGCCAUUGUUUACGACCUCGCGCCUCUUAUUCUUGGCAAACGACAACGUAUCCUUACCACUUACCUCAAAAGCACAACCAUCUCCGAAAUCGUCACAUUCGAAAACCCCGAACUCACAAUUGUAUCCUCCCUCAGAAGAAGUAUCAGUACGCGAGUCAGGUCUACAUUUCUUCAUUCUUCCUCGAGAAUUUCACGAUAUCAUCUUCAAGCAUCUUCUCGAAGAUGCGAACUUCAAUUACGUGCCUUUUCUUGGUCGAAGGUCUCUACUACCGUAUGCGAACAUUAAGGCACCACACCCAGCAGUGUUGAGGACUGUUUCCAGCGGAUUCGCCACAUAUCAGGAGAUCGAAAAGAUUCUGAUAAGAAACAGCAAGAUCAGUGUCCUGAAUUGGGAUGACAUUUUGAAGGUAUCACGAAAGAUGUCGGCGGCGCAAGGACGGUUCGCAAAGACUCUGUCAGUCGGAGACUGUUUCUGUCCCCUGACAACUAAGAACUACAUGCACGUCAGCGACGCCUUAGUGAGUGUUCCCUCAACAUAUAGUUGGAAAUUCCCAAUGUUCCUAUCCAUCUCGAAAGAAUUUAGCAUUGCCAGAGCUCUUCUUGAAAGAGGAGAAGAAACCGUACGUGUGAGUUAUCAGGACGAUGUAGCCAAGGGCUAUAUCUCGAGUGUGGAAGCGGAAGAUCUAGCACUUGCAUACCGUACCACCGAUGGCUCACCAGUCAUGUACUGGUACUACGGCUUCCGCAAAAUCUACAACCCACUCAGCGUGCUACUGCGGUGGGCAGCAGAACGAAACAUCACUCUACAAAAACAAGUAAGGCUUGUUCUUGUCGAGCGCGGCAUCCCCACUGUUCUGUCUGUCGUGCAGAAUGCUACCUUCAGCACCAAAGACUGGUGUCUGGAAGUGCCUCUACCUGGUGGACAAAUGUUGUCGAUCGAGCAGAAGCUUGCGAGGGAAUGUUACCAGGCCAAAAAGGGGCAUGUGAAGCAGUUGCUGGGCGUUGAUAUGCCGAGCACGCAUGAGGUCUCGGUCGAUAUCAAAGGAUUGGACGGUGAUAGCGGGCUUGAUACACAUCACUGGAUGUGUCAGUACGGGAUAUGA